CUGUCUUUUUCUAAAUCAUAAAAAAAAAUUUUAAAUAAAUUUAUUAUUAAUUUAUCUUCCCAAAAUGGAACAAAGUAUCCAAGAUGGCAGUCAAUUCCAGCUGAGAGAGGAACGCAAAUUCUCUAACAACUGUGCUAUUCCGAGGGAAUCAGAACAGAAUCUUUGUGAUCAAGACAUCCAUCUCCGAUUCAGCCAAGAAGAUAAGAGGGUCGGCAUUAGCUCAAAAUAUAUUCAGGUGAAAAAUUUAUGGGACGCCAACAAUUCCUUCCAGUUUUGAGGACAGUUUAUUAAGGGACCCAAAUCAGAUAAUAAAUCGAAAUAUUGUUAUUGGAUUUCAUUUGGGAUCAUACAGUUGAUGUACUUCUCAAUGCUUGCCCCUUAUCUAUUAAUGAGGGUCUCCCCACUUCUGGUAGGGUUUAACCUAAUCAUCCUAGUGACCACGAUAUUGCUCUCAGUGAUUACUUCAUUCAAGGAUCCAGGCAUAAUUCUUAGAUAUCCUCUGAUGAAAGCUCUGAAUGACGGUUUGAUUCCUGAAAAUUUUCAGAAGGAUUUAAAUGGUGAUAAAGAGCAGAAAUUUUGUAAAACCUGCAAGAUAUGGAGGCCUAAAAGAGCUUCUCAUUGAUCAGCCUGUGGCUGAUGAGUGGAAGUCUUAGACCAUCAUUGUCCCUACCUUAAUAAUUGCAUUGGAAAAAGGAAUUAUAAGUACUUCAUUGGGUUCUUAUGAUUUAUCAUCCUCAAUGGUCUGACAAUUCUUGCUAGUGUGAUUAUUUACAUUACCGGAGACUUCCAGCCAGGACAUAAGCCUUCAAGAGAUAGCCCAGUGAAGAACACCCAAGUUGCAAGAGUAAUCAUUGGAUGAAUUAUGAUAGCCACUAUAAUCCUGUUCCUGUUACUGUUCUUUCUGUGAUGAUUCCAUACUUAUCUUAUAUUAAAUGGUAAGACUACCAAGGAAAAGCUUACUAAAUAAGGAUCAGAAGGAAUCAAAGUUCCUUUCAUGGCUUGUUGUUGGUAGUCCUAAUUUCAAGGGAGGCAAUCAGUGGCUAUCAAGACAUCAGUACAAUCUAUAUAAACAAGCCGUUAGAGAAAUCAAGAAUGGUAUGGUCACUGAACACCAAGCAACUCUUCUCAUGAGUAUUUUCCAUCAGCAAAGAGAGAAGAUGAAAGGGCUAAAUUGAUCUGGUAGCGACUCAAAAAAUGUACAUAAAGCGAGUAAUCAGAAUCAAUUUCCCCAUGUUGAGCAAGAUUUUAUCGAUAGUCUUCAGAUCAGAGCAGGAAGGCGUAGCAAGUAUGAAACUCAUUCUAUUGCUAAAAACCAAGCCGAAGAAGAUCAGAAGUAUGAUAGCAACAUAAUGAUGAAGCAAAACUUUGGAGUUCAAAAUAAACUUGAGUUUGCAAGCAAACAUUUAUAUAAAGAGCCUUCAGAGAGUGAUGUGCCAUUUCAAGUUAUUAUUAAGAGAUCGGGGAGGAAACUAAAGAACUCGCAUAGAAUAAGCUCUAGUGAGUCUGUUCCUUACUCCCAGACAUUUUGAAAGGAGCCUGAUUGGAGCCAGUCUAUUAAAAUAAACACAGAUUUGGACCAUCAGAGUAGUGAUCAUUUUGGUAAUAAUAGAGCGUACUCAAUUAGAGUUUUCAGAACAGAAAAUGAGCAUUGAAUAGAUUGGUAUCAGGACAGAGAUUUAGCAGUCCAAUCUCGUCAGUCCAAUCCCUUGAUUAGUAUAUCUUCUCUCUAACUUAUUCAAAAGUACUUUAGUAAAA